CAUAAACAAGCUUCACUUAUUGCAACUGUAACCAAUGUGAAGCGGGGAAAAAAGGGACUAGCUCCACCCUCUCGCCCCAGUUCAGCGCCAGACGCCACGGAGUUUGUGUAGGUGCACAGCGCUCCAGCCAUGGCACGUUCACGAAUCUACAACACCAAGUUCUACUGCCUCACUAUAUACGAGGUAGAAGAAAAUCCCAUACCUGAGCUAAGGGCGGAAGACCAUGGUGGCCAAGGAGCUCCAGGCCUCUUGGGUAAUAUGAACCCCGAGGGCGGCAGCGGUGUGAGCCAUGAUGGCGGCGUGAGCCAUGAUGGCGGCAUGAUUCACGAGGGCGGCGGUGGAAACCAAGAGCCUGUGGAGCCACAGCGGCCCUGGGAGGAGCAGGCCCAGGGCAUGGAGGAUCCGCAGCCCGAGAACUUGGAGCCACCAAUCCAGCGCAAGAAGGUUCACGCGCUGCAGGUACAGGAGCUGGAAAGCGUUUUUGAAUUCACUCAAUACCCUGAUGUGUUAACAAGAAGGGAACUUGCUGAUGCCAUCGGACUGCCUGAAGACAAAGUGCGGGUUUGGUUUAAGAAUAAAAGGGCCAGGUGUAGACGACGACAGAGGGAAUUAAUGCUCGCCAAUGAACCACCUCCUAAACCACCUUCCGAUCCAGAUGACAGUUUCUACAUCUUCUUGGAGUAGCCCUAGAAUGCCAUCCUUCAGGAGCUAGUUUGGAGAUGGGUUUUUCUUGCACCACUCAUGUUGCCCUUAUCUCCUCUAAAGUUAUAUCAAUAAAGAGGCAAAUUCUCAAUA